UGCGAAAGAAGCGUUCACUCCCUCCAGAGGAGCGCACAGAUUUUUGAGGGAGCCAGUAGUGGGGAGGAAAAAAAUCCAGUCAGCGUUUUGUAGCACUUUCAGAAGAGUUCCUCUACCUCAUUAGAGAUAUUGGCAUAGCUGACAGAUCCUUUUACGCCAGUUUAAGGGAUGUUUUAGGGACAAAUUGUCUCCUAGGGGCAAUUGGAGCGGGCAGUCUGAGUCCCUAUAAUGCGGAGAGAUCAAGUCUCAGUAGUUUGUCGGUAUGAACGCAGAGCAGACGGACCCUGAGAAACUGCUUUCAUGGAUUGACUGAAUGAUUGAUUGGCAUUUGAUUUUUUAUUUUUUUCAAUAUCAGGGGAUUUUCCUGCGUCGCGGUUAGUCUAAAUAUUCCAGAAAAAAUAAUUCGUGGAUUAUAUUUGGGAGUCGAGGAUUUUUUUUUCGGAAGGGGCGUCUUUAAUGAGGAUAUUGAUUUUUUUACACUUAGCCAUACGCCUGGGUCAAGGAUCCGGAGAGGGGAAUUAACCUUUCACAAGGUGGAAAUAUUGUCUUUUUGGAUCCUAACUCACCUCUGUUCCUGCUGAGUCCAACAUGAAGUCUGUCACUGUGUGGAUGUGCGUUUACAUCUUCCUUCUGCUCUUAGAUGAGGCAGCAAGUUCCUGGGAUGGUCCGUCAGCUUCGUCCGUGUCCUUGGCCAACAAUUCUCCAGGAUCUCCAAACACCGGGUCUGGGCCUGGAGCUCAGCCGGAGUGGGUGGACUGCAUCCAGGCGAGUGACAUGUGCAACCAGAACCCUUACUGCAGCUCUCGGUACCGGGUGAUGCGCCAGUGCCUUGUGGGCAAGGAGAAGGAAGCGAUGCUGGACAACAACAGGGAGUGCCAGGCUGCCUUGGAAGUGCUGCUGGUUAGUCCUCUGUAUGACUGCCGCUGCAAGAGGGGCAUGAAGAAGGAGCUGCAGUGUCUGCAGAACUACUGGACCAUCCACAUGGGACUCACUGAAGGUGGAGACAUGGAUGACUCAUCCCCGUAUGAACCUGUAGCACCAAACCGACACCCUGACGCAUUCCGCUUGGCCUCCAUCUCUUCAGGGAUGCUCACAGUGGCCCCAAAAGGUUUCCAAUGUCUCGAUGGUGAGAGAAACUGCAACCCCUGUCUCGAUGCAGCCAAAGCCUGCAACCUCAACGGCAGCUGCAAGAGGCAACGCUCCGCCUACAUCGCUACCUGCAGCAAGGAGGACCCCAACAAGGGUGAAACCUGCAACAAGAAGCGCUGUCACAAAGCUCUGAGGUUGUUCCUGGAUCGCGUGCCCCUUGAGUACAGCCACCGGUUGCUCUUCUGCCCCUGCCAGAGUGAGGGAUGCGCAGAACGACGCAGGCAGACAAUCGUGCCUGAUUGCUCCUAUAAAGAUAAGGAGAAACCCAACUGUCUGGAGCUACGGAAGGUCUGCCGCCUGGACUCUCUCUGCAGGUCAAGGCUGGCUGAUUACAUGGUGAACUGCUGGGUGACUCCGAACACAGUGAGCACCUGUCCCAACCAAGACAAUCACCAAGCCUGUUUGGCCUCCUACGCAAGGCUCAUCGGGACAGACAUGACUCCCAACUAUGUCGACAGCAGCUUCUCCAACUGGACCGUCUCCCCAUGGUGCACCUGUAAGGGCAGUGGAAAUCAAGAAGAGGAAUGUAUGAACUUCCUGCACUACUUCACCGAUAACACAUGCCUAAGAAAUGCCAUACAGGCCUUCGGUUAUGGGAUAGACAACAUGCAGAACAAAAAUGUGUCUGUCCCAGCUCCCUCAGCAACGGCGAAGAUGGGGUCGGAUUGGUCAGCUGGCACCUCAGAACCUCCCUUUGUCAUCAUCUCAAAGUAUCCUGAACCAAGAGACGGUGGCCUGGACAAAACCGGGGGCCUGCCAGAGGAUCACUCUGCCUGUCUGUGUGCCAAUGUCUGGGCUCUAGUUCCCGGCCUGGCUUUGGCUCUGGUCCUGGCCCAGCAUGCCUUAUAGAAGCGCCAGGAGGAGAAAAAAGAGGUCAUCCACCCACAAGCUGAUCCCAAAAGCAGAAGGUGUUAUUUCUGAGACUGAUAUUAAGAAGGCUGAAUCUCCAGGCAGUUGACGUAAAUGGCAUUUAUGAAAGAAGAAAAAAACAAAAAGAAGAAGAAAGAGGUGGAAAAUAUUGAAAUUUUACUAUCGUGAAUUUGUUGUUCAUUUGAUGUAUUGUUAGGGCGGACCAAUGUGAUGAAGCACAUGGCUUUAAAAAGGACCCUUGGUAGGAGAAACCAUGAAAGCCAUUCUCUGGGAAUGAAUCUCCCUCUGACUGAGACACAAAAACCUGGAGGCCUGAAGCUGAUCAUGUUAAAGACUUCUGCACUUUUCUCACCAAAGGAGGGAGAGAGGGAAUGAACAACAUAAUUAAAAGAAGACAGGAUUGACAGUAAAGAAAUUGUUGCAGAGAGAAAAGGAAUGAGCAAGAGAUAAAUGGGUAGAGUACAGGCAAAAAGAGAGAGAGAAAGAGACAUUUCUGCUAUCAGUCACACUUUUUUUGUCUUGAAUUGGUUCUCGACUUAAUCUUCUCUUGGAUGAACAGACCACAAAUUUAGGGGCGGGGAUGGGGGAUGAUCACAUUCUGUCUCUUCAACACAAGUGUAAACUCUAAACUGUAAAGCCUACUCAGUGUUCUAAGUGUUGGUAUAGUAUCCGUGACCAUAAUCAAUUUACAGUACAGCUCUUUCAUUUGGGCGCUACAGUAAACUUUUUCAGCAGGCUGUGAAAAGAACUAAAUACGGCAACAUUACCAGUUAAUGGUUCUUUGGUCAUUUGAGAUGUUGUUGUUGAUAACUGUGGGUGUACGCCAUACGUCCACCUGCACAUGUGUAUAAUUCUGUCAUGUAUAUAAAAUUUCUUUCAUUCAACCGAAUUAUAUCUUCAGUACCUUGAAUGGACAUAACUGUUAACCUAAGAUGGCUCUGUUUUGAGUAUUGGUACUAAUGGAAGGCCUUCAUUAUCUGCGUUUAUAUUUGUCUAUAAAGGUUUGAUCAUAAAGAAUGUCUACAGGGAUGAGAUUAAACGAGCUCAAACUGCUUGGAAAGCCAUAACCUGUGUGUGAGUAUCAUGCUGUGUUCACUGAGUGUGUGUGGACAAUUAUUACAAUGUGUAUGCGUCUAUGUUUACAUGCAGGAGAAAAGUAGUUCAUAAGGAGCAGUUUAAAUUGCCAGUGUGGGAGUUUGCUCUAUCCCCUCAGAGAGCAGAGGUUAUGAUGCAUAGUGUAAUUAACGGCAGGUUUUUGGAGGGUAAGGACAUCCACCAGUUUUGGAGAGUGUCUGUGACCCAGCCUUUUAACUCUAUUGUUCCUCCUUUCAUAGAAUAUUUUACAGACCCCAUACUGUAGGCCUCAAUUCACAUAUAUACGACCAUAUCUAUUUACUGAAAACAAUUUGAACAUGUCCUUUUUUGUCCAAAGUUUGUAUUAAGCUGCAACUUUAAAAUGUAACUUAACAAAACGUUGUAAAAAUGUAAUAACUUAAAGGAAUAAUUCAACAUUUUAGAAAAGACAUUUUCUUUCACUCUCUUGCCAAGAGUUAGAUGCAAAGAUUGAUACCCUUGUCAUGUCUGUACACUAAAUAUGAAGCUAGCGCCAGCAGCCGGUUAGCUAGCAUAAACAGGGAAACAGCUAGCUUGGCCCUGUCCAAAGGUAAAAAAAUAUGACUACCAGCACCCAAAGGUGCCAAAUUAAGUAUUUACCUUUGGACAGACCUUUGUUUGUAUUCUUUGCGCUAAGCUAACUGGCUACUGGCUUAUUUAGCAAACAGAAGUGAGAGUGGUAUCGAUCUUCCAUCUAUAUCCCAGCAAGAAGGCGGCAGUUUUAUACUAACUUUAUACCAAAUUUACGUCAUAAAGAAUUGGUUCACAUAUUUUCGAGUCCUUUCAAUACUGAAAGGCCUCAUAUAUAUUGAGAAAGCUAUUUGCUGUAAGGACUGUGGAUUUUGUCCCCUGUGUUGGAGUAACUCUAGAAAGAAAUCUCAUCAGGGCCAGUGUGGACAGCGACCGUAACAUUUCGACAUGUGAGUGUCACAUUAAAAACUCUCUGAAGUCAUUCACAUUGCAGCAUUACAACUGGAAAGUCUCCAGUGGGUAGAUUUCACUGCUUAAAACUAGAGGAGCUGAUGUCUUCAGCCAAUCAGCAGUGUCCACUAUUGAGAGGACUAAUGUAUUAUAUUUAUUCUGUAUUACAGUAUAUUUGCAAACAAGAACAAACAAACUGAAUAGUGUUGGAACUUUAUUUUAGCCAAUAUAUCACUGUAUUUAAACAAGAAUAAGAAUAUUGUUUUAGCCAUGGUGCAUUCCUUUUCUUUUCAACAUAUACAGCCUCUGACAUGCUGAGAAAAUACUCAAACUUCCAUUGGCAUGUUUGCCAAUGAAAGAUGUAUUUUUGUAUGUUUAUGCAUACGUAUUUUUUUUCCUUGCAGUGAAUAAAUGUUGACUGAUGCACAA